AUGCACACGAGCAGAUUGUUUAUGUUGUCGUUGUUCUCGAUUUUGACGACACAGAGGAACUAUUUCUUCGCAUCCGCGCGGUAUAGUUAUUACACCGGGCGCUCGGUGAACAGAUCUUUCGUCGUGAGCGAGUACGCGUUUUCUCGAGAAGAGUGCGAACGAAACGUGUUUUUCAUGGAUGAUUUUGAUAGAAACAACGACAACAACAACAGCAGCAGCAGUAGCAUCGACGACGACGACGACGAGACCAAUCGAACGAUAUCGUCGUCGUCGUUUGGGACGCUCGGUCGUUUUUGGCCGCCGAAGGAAAGCCUCGACGAGAAGGAUGAUUCUUUGUAUCACAAACGGUGGUGCUCGGAAGGCACAUCGGGCGUGACGUUUUCGUCAAAAACGAAGGAGUACGUUUCCUCCUUCUCCUCCUCCUCCUUCUUCUCCUCGACGAGGACGAAGUCGAACUCGACGAUGGAUGUAAUAUUCGAUGCUAAAUCGCGCGCGAGCGAGGCGAAAGCGUUUAGCGUUGAGUUUUGGAUCACCCCUCGUUUACAAAAACUCGAUGGUUUCACCGGUCGGCAUUUCACUCCUUUCUUUACGCUGGAAACGCCAAAAAAAAACGAGACGUUUAACCCGUACGCCUGGACGAGCGCGUUCGAUUGCACGGAUGAGUUUGAUUUUGCGCUUUAUAUUGGGACUGAUUUUAGCGUCGGGUUUCGGUCGCGCGAGCCGAUUGCAAUUUAUCCAACUUUAGUGGCAGAGACGUGCGCUUCGGUAAUCACAAAACCAAGCGCGUUUGUAGCGAACGCUGUGAAUCAUUUCGUUCUGACGGCAUCGUUUUCGGACGACGACGAGGAAAACGCGCUCGGAAAAAAUCGAAUCUCGUGUUACGCGAACGGGACAAAAAUCGUAGACGAGGUCAUCGGAGACGUUUUAGUCGACGAUAACGGUAAGAGAAAGUUUCCAUUCGCAAACGCGUGGCAAGAAACGUCCGCGCCGUAUUUCGGAAGCACGAGCGCGAAUAACGCGCACGACUCGAGUGACGAUACUUGGGAAUGGACAAACACCGUGCACGCGUUUGCCAUGUACGACAAAAAAAUAAGCGACGAAGAGAUUACGCUCAAUUUUCACGCUGGAUUACCGAACGCGGCACCGCUGGCAGUGGAUGUAAACGUUACGAUCAAUGAAGACGUAAAAGAGGCGAAAAUCGUGCUUCAAUAUGCGGACGAUGAUUAUUACAACGCGACGAUAACACCGACGAGUGGUAGCGCGUUGAAUCAUACAAUUUCAUCAGUAAAGCAUGCCUUCUCGAUACUCACUUUACCGAAGAUAGGCGUUCUGAAAGCCAUACCGAUAGGAGAUGCUAACAACGAUGAUACUAACUAUACUAAUGGUGAUGAUGCUGACAGUAGUAUGCAAACCGCCGACGAGGCCGCGGCGAUACCGGUCACGCGCGUUCCUUUCAAAUGUUUCGGCAACGCCGUAUUUUAUACGCCCGAACCAAACGACCAUUCAUGGAUACACGAUAGUAAUGAACUAACGACGUUGGAGUUAUAUGCAAGCUUUUCUUUCAAAGCAACAGAAACAUCUUUACUGAAUGAAUUUGAGACCGUAGACUCUUUGAACCAAGGUUUGGUUUCAAUUUUCGUUUCUCCCGUGAACGAUGCUCCGUCGGGCGUCUUUCACGUCGUCGAGUAUUUUGGACGCGAAGAAGGAAAAUCGUUUCAAAUCGAGUUUCGAGACGAUGAUGAGUACAUCUCAAAGAUUGAAGUGUCAAGAAUGCCAACGAUCGGGAAGGUUAGACUGUCGAGCGCUUCCUCGUCUCCAGAGAAUACGAAAACGUUGAAUCUUGGAGAUAUCAUCGAUGUCACAUCCGAAGCCGAAUCGCUCACGUAUCGAUUAGAUGACGUCGUAAACUUCGUUCCUUCAAUAAUCGAAGAAAAGAAAGAGUAUUUAUCCGAUUUUUUCUCGUAUUACGUGUACGAUAAAUACGACGAAAAAGCGGUAAACGAAACCAAAGUGGAGUUUCGAGUACAGUCGCCCGUUCGACGGAUGCCUCCUUCUUCCUUCUCUUCGGUCAAGGAAACGAAAGAAAAUGUGCCCCUCGAGUUUACCAUAGACGUUUUACGAUUGGACUGUAAAGAUAACGCAACAGAGGCUAUUGUUGAAACUUUGCCUACGAACGGAACGGUGUACUUGAUACGUACACCUGCAAUCUCGACGUCUUCGGUAGUCGCCGAGGAAGAUAAAAGAAAGACGCCGCUGAAAGAAAACGACGUCGUUCGACUCGAGCACACGUACAUGAUUACGACGACAGAAGAUGCUGAAGGGCAAGAUGGCAUAGAACGAUGCGUCGCAUUUGCAAAUUUGCUGUUCGUUCCGGAUGAUUUCUACUUUAAUGCGCCAAAUGUUGAUAUUUUCGGCGACGCGGUGAGUACGACGACUCGAUACGCUUCUCUUCGUCCUCCGCUGCUGCUCUCGUUCAGCGCGAGAGAUAUUUUGGAUGGAUGGAUAGUUCCAUCGGUAUUGAACGUCUCGUUUACAGUCACGGCAGACGUUCCGCACGCGCCUGCAAAGUUUCGGAACAUUUCCAUGGACGCGAGUGCAUCCGCUCUUCCUCCUUCUCCUUCUCCUUCGUACUUACUCAGAGUCGAUUCGAACGAGACGCAUAUCAAUGAUUCAUCGUCGACGUUUCUUCUGCCUACUGGAGGGUACUUGAAGUUUUAUAAAGCGUUCGAAUACGAUUUAUAUCCAGAUUAUGACUCGGUGUUUGGUGUUGCCGUGACAAUAAAAUCGAUAAACCCGAGCAACGCAGCCUUUCUCGCCAACGUCAGCGUAGCCUUCCCGUCUGAACACGAAGACGCGGUAAAGUUGAACACCUCUUCGAUUGUCGUCACGAAAUGGUUACGUAACCAGAUCAGAAUUGCCGGUCCACCGAGCGCAGUUCGCGAUAUUUUCUUCCAUUAUGUACUAUACGACGCCAAAACGAUGAAAAAGACACCCAGAGUUGUGCGCGACACGCUCGAACUCACUCUCGAGUACGGUUUCGUCAAAUUGUACAACGCGAAGAAAAUGAACGAGACCAUCAACGCGAAAUACGAUUGGAAACACGAUUCGUGCAGAAUCCAACAACAAGAAACAACACCAUCGGACGCAACGAAACCGUGCACAAGCAUCGCGCACGUAAACAUCGAAGCUAUCGCGUACCCGUCCUCGUACGACUCUCUGACACAGGAAACGUCCGCGAAAGACUCCAACGCCGUUUCCCAAAAAUCCUUAUUUAUCUCUGGCCUCUUCCAAGGUGCCGUAGCCGGCAUCGUUUUACUUGGUCUCUGGAAAUACCUUUUCAAAAAGCUUCUCAGUGCAACCAAGUGGCUGUUUUGUUGCCUCUUCUGUUGCCGUUUGCGUCCGCCGCUGUCUGCUUCCGAACGAAGACGAAGCCGAAGAAGCCGACGCCCAACAAAUCGAAAAGAAGCCGACUCCGACUCCGACUCCGACUCCGACUCAAACCCGGUUUGA